GGCUGCUGGAUCAGAAUGUGUUCGAUGAUGUUUGUGGCGCUGAGGCUGAGCUACUCGAAGGGCACUUCAAAGGUGCUGUCGCUGGGCUCUGACCGGACGGCGGACGUAUUUCGCCGCCUGCGGCAUCGCUGGCUGAGGUGGCGCGGCCGCCGCAUCAAGCCGCUAUCGCCCAAUGCAGUCAUAGUGCAAGAGCUCGAUGGAGGAUUCUUCGAGAAGUUCGGCACUCUGCUCAGAGAGCAGGAGGCUGAGGACACGAAGGAAGUGCAAGAGGAUAGCAAGGACAAAGAGGCCGAGGAAGUUGUUUCUGAAGAGGAAACGGAAGUGCUGCCACCAGACCAAGGAGAUAUCAUCAGCAGUGCAUUAUUGAAUUCUCAGCACACUAACAAACGCAUAGUGUACAGGCAAUCGUUGUCUGUUGAUGGAAAAAAGAACGAACGGAUGCCGAAAUUAGUGAGAUGGCCACCAGAACCGAUGUGGGCUGCGAGUGAAGUUGAGCUUAUACCUAUGAAAACAGCGGGCCCGGGGGCUGCAUCCCCGUUGAAGGGCUCUGUCAUGAGGGAUGCUAAGGGCAAGCCACUCAGUCAAUUCCGAGGAGUCAAGAAAGAUGUCCUCCAGAGGCAAGCCAGUCUCCUUGUACAGGCUAUGACUAUAGAGGAGCUUUACUCUGAGAUCCUUUAUGAAAUUCUGCACAUCAUCGGAUCAGAUGCCAGUCUCAUUCAGGAGCAGGACACACUUUUUGGAUACCUUCAGGAGGCCUUCAAAGUUGACCAGGAGAAUCAUUCUGCCAUGUUAGAGGCUGCUAAAGAGAAAGAGGCUCCAAACAUUUUACUGAAUGUUGAAGUUGUAGAAGGAAAGGAGUUGACUCCUAAGGAUGCAAAUGGACUAAGUGAUCCAUUUUGCACGCUUUACAUAUCGUCUGCCCCCACUCAUCGGUACACCACAUCAGUGAAAACACAGACACUUUCUCCAGUGUGGGAGGAGCAUUUCUCAUUGCCAGUGGAGAAUACACCUGAUGAUGUUCUGUACCUUGAAGUUUGGGACUUUGACCCAGCAGAAACAGUGCGAGAGAAGAUGACAAAGAUAGGAGACGUGAAGGGAGUGAAGGGUCUCACCAAGCUGAUGAAGGAGAUCGCUGUCACAGCUUCCACUGGCAAACACGAUAAUGAAUUCAUUGGUACCGCAACUGUCCCCCUCAAGUCGAUACCAGCAGGCGGUCAGACGGUGUGGUGCAACCUGGAGAGGAAGUCGAAAGUGAAGCGCCAAGGCCUCGUCAAAGUGAAGGUAUCGUUCAGCUCCGAGAAGAAUUCGCACGUCGCUGCUCAGGAACACAGGCAUCUUCUCAGGAUAUUAUUACUUCAUGAACUGGAACAAAACAAGACUGAAGCGUUCAAGUGGAAGGGUGAGUUCAGCAGGCCGGCCGCCACUCUGGUGCGUCAGCACUUGGCGCAGAGUGGCCUGGGAGCGACAGACGACGCUCUGGCUCAGUGGGUGGAGUUCGCCACUGUACAUACCACCCAUCCGCUCUCCUUCCACCUGUUUGCCGAUCUGGUGCGCAGACUGCUGCAGCCCAUCAACACCGGUCUGCUCUCUGACGAAGAGAUUAAAUUAUUCUGGGAUGGAGCCAAGAAGCUGUUGCCAUCUUGUUUCAAUAGUAUUAAGAAAAUAAGAAAACUUACUCCUGGAGAAACGUCAACAACUCUUCAUCUUCAGUCUCUCCUUACACGUUGCUUAUUCAGGUUUCAAUACGUGGUUGAACACAACAAGCCAACAGAGGACUCAGAUGAAGCCCGCUUGAAGCAUCUUAUCAAAGUUAUUCAAGUGGUCAGGACUGAUCUACAGAGAGCUAUAGACUUCUAUGAUAAGCUGUUUGGGCAAAUCAUGCUGCUUCCGUAUUCCAGAACCCUUUAUAUUAUUUAUGAUAACAGGGUUUCCGAGUUGACUGAGCCUGUAGUGACUGAUCUGUGUAUGUCUCUCAAGCCAAUCAAGUACAACGAAAAUGAUGUACCCAUCAAAGACGAGACCAGUGACAGUAUACUGCUCGCUAUUGGCACAACGCUUUUCGAGCUCUACCUUGGCCUUCGAAGGUUUGCUGUGCUAGCACAAGGCCUGUGCCCCGCUGACUUGGAGGGUCUGCACACACAAAAAUGCCAUCUGUGGUUCCACAGAGGAGUGGCCCAGUGGCUGGACAUCGCAGUCUACAAAGCCAUGAAGCGCAUUGCCAAGGCGGUCGAACUCGACCAGCUACAGCCUAUCGAUGCCAAUGUACAGUACUCGUCGUCUCCAAUUGAUACACUCACAAUUUUCAAUCAGAUCAAAGUUUUUUGGCAGCAGUUGGCUUGGCCAGAUGUGGAAGGCUCUUACACGUUUGUGGCGAAAAUAAUGGAUGAUAUAUGCAGAUGUUGUGUGUACUAUGCCGACAUCAUGAGUAAGAAAGUCGACAACAUGGGAGAAACUGAAACUGUCUAUGAGAAGAAAUUCGAAGUUACCAAUGAGUGGUGCUAUGCUAUCAACAACAUUGACUAUGUAAGACUGUCGAUAAAAUCCUUUAUGAACGACUUGGGAGUGGAUGAAAUAAUCAAACAAUUGGCAGUUUUCCGUAGUCCAAAUGCAGCUGAGCAUUGCAGAGAAACUCUACAGUUAGUGAUUGACAAUGCCAUUGACACUGUCAAAAACAAAAUUCUUGAUCUUCUCGAAGUGGUUGCAGUGAAGAUGACACCAUCAAUCAGUAGGUUUUUGGUGGAAGGAGCCGAACUUCUGAACCAAGAAAAUAACUCAGUUGACCGCCUCAUGAUGUAUUUGGAUAACAGUCUUUGCACACUGCAUUCGCAACUCAAUCCAGAGAACUUUGAACGUAUUUUGUCAAUUAUUUGGACAAAGCUUGCACAAAUUAUGUACAAUCUUGUAGAAUCUAGUCUGGAGAAACGUCGGCCGCCAUCGUUCUUCGCCAACCUGCACGAGAUGCUGAAGAUGAUGGUGAGGGACAUCUUCCGCGCGGACUCGGGUCCGACGGCGUCGCUACUCGCCAACUCGGAGGUGAUGGCCAACAUCGAACAGCUGUUGGUGCUGCAAGGCAUGGAGACGUGGCAGUUGAUCCACCAGUGCCAUCUGGAGCGACACAACGAGCAACAGGAGUUGAUCGGCGCCACUGCCCCCCUCGGCAUGCUCACUGUUCGCAUGCAGUUUGUGCACGAUCUGUUGCGCAUCGAGAUAAUGAACGCCAGGAAUCUACGUCCUAUGGACGAUAAUGGUUUAUGUGAUCCUUACGUCAAAGUACAUGUAAUUCCUGAAGAGAAGUUUACUGGUAUCACAAGGCCAAGGACAAAAACACACAAGAAAACCUUGUUUCCGCUGUUUGACGAAAUAUUCUCCAUCCAGCUGAGCCGUGAACAGAGAGAGAUGAAGGACGCGAUGGUACAUUUCUUAAUAAAGGACCAAGACUUCCUGGGCGUGUCGAGUGACUUUGUUGCGGAAGCGUACUUUCCGUUCUCCGGAAUUCCGGCCACCACAAUGGAGACUAGGCUGGAUGAGAUGACUCAGAUACAUUUGAAACUUACCAAACCUUCCAGGAUGGACUCACCGGCCAUGAAAACUCUGGAUCACAGACAAGGAGAAAAACUGGCCAAGGAUUUUAUAAAAAAACAGAAGAUCAAGGCAAAUACAAAAUCCCAUGUAACGAAUGGCAAUCACUGAUUAGCAAUAUCUUGCUAAAGCUUCCUAAAAUUGACCCAUACCAUAUAAUGUGUAAUAAAUAUAUUAUUGAAUGUGAUACAGUAUUCCAAAAUAGUGUGUUUGAAUUCUAAAUGUUAGAACUUCGAUGACGAAGACGUUGUAAUAAAAACGUCGUUAACGAUGACUAUGGAGAAUAAUUAUAUUUUGUGUAAUAUUAGAUUUAGGCAUUUGUUGAACUCAAUAAAAACUGUUUUUAAUUAUAUAU